ACUGGUAAUAUGCAGCUUCGAGCGGUUUUAGUGAUAGGACGGCAGUUAUGCGUUUGCGCCAGUUUUAUUUUACACGGUAACCACCCUGGCCGUGUCAGUUCUUAUCAGUUUGUUUUAGUGCUUUUUGAAACUGCGGCAUAAUGGACAUUGGCCAUGACCGCUAAUGCGAUGGUCCCGGGUUCGAAUCCCGGUAAGAGAAUUUAUUUGUGUGAUGAGCACAGAUUAUUGUUCCUGAGUAUUGGGACUAUUCUAUGUCACAUUGCCAUUCUUGACGUAGACGAGACGUCUGGGAAUCUUCUCCAAGAUGAGCUUAACACGAAGUAUGGAUUCGGCAAGACAAGGUUCUACUAUUGUGACGUGACAAAUGACGAUCAGCUGAUCGCCGCAUUCCACUCACUGUUGGAAGAAAAAGGGAACAUUGAUGUGGUCAUCAACAACGCGGCAAUUAUGAAUGAUAAAGUUUAUAGGAAGGAAAUCGAAAUUAACCUGACUUCAUUAGUAACAAGCACAUUGAAAGCAUUGGAGCUGAUGAGAGUAGACGAAGGCGGCAAAGGAGGAACUAUCGUCAACGUCUCCUCAACAGCAGCGCUUCUACAAUCUUCCUUGAUGCCUGUAUAUUUUGGCACUAAAGCUGCAGUGUUACAGUUCAGUAACUGUAUCGGGAAAGAAAAAUACUUUACAAAAACGGGCGUACGAGUGUUGACCGUAUGUUUUGGACCUACAACCACUGAGCUAGUCAAGCCUACCAAACUGGGCUCUUUGGAUAAAAACGUUACUCCAGAGAUUCUCGCGGGCGCACUGGCUACAAAAAUCCACCAGAAGAUAGAGUCGGCGGCGGCGGGUUUAGUGGCGGCGUAUAAGCGAGGAGCCAGCGGCAGCACGUGGUUGGCUACCCGCGAUUUGCCCGUUAAGGACAUCACCGACAACGUCGUACGCGCAUACCAGAUUCUUGGAGAAUUCAAUUAAAUUGUACUGAUAUUGCAAUGAGGUGCAGAGUACGGGCGUACGCGUCUGUAUGUCUACAAAAGCACCUGUAAAAGCAUGUUGAAGUGUCUCCGACUAGAAAAACUUAUAAUU